ACUAUUAAAGAAUCUUUUUCUCUUGUUGAAUCCUCCUUUCUCCCUCUCUCCUUCUCCUUCCCUUUCCCUCUUUCUUCCUUGCCCUGGUCGUCGUUCCCCCUCUUCGCUCGCAUCCCGCUCGGGGGGAAACCAGUCUCCCCAAGCCGAGCUAUAUUUUGUCUUCAAGCUCUCAGAUUUGCAGGGAUAACAGCCGUCGGAUUUAUGUCCGUCAAUCAAUCUAGGGUUGAGAGGACCGAGGCGCAGAUCAAGAAAUCCUCUCGAUCGGGCAGCGCCGGCCAGCAAAGGGGAUUCGUCGGCAGCGGCGGCGGCGGCGGCUGGAAGGGCGGCGUGGGCGGCGUCUCCGCCCCUCCGCCUAUCUCUUCCACAUCCUCUGUUCCUCCAUCGUCCGUCUCUCCAUCAUUGUCGACAAGUCGAAGUUUCAAAAAGUCUUUUAAUGGACAAAGCCAAUCUACGACAAGCCGUGGAAAUGCAAGUUCUGAAGCUAGUGGCGCUGCUGCCUCCGCUGCUGGUCAUCAUGCUCUUGAGAAUGGCGCUCAGCCCCAAACUCACUCGCUUGGAUUUUCUGAUGGGCUUGACCCAAGAGCUGCAAAACCAGUCGAUAUGCCAAUCCCCAGAAGUGCAUCCCGAGCUAUUCCUAAGCCACCAUCUUCUCAAUCCAGUGCUGGGUUUUCCAAUUCCCAAGCACCAUCUGCACCAGCUAAAGGUGAUGCAUCCAAGAUUACUCUUCAGUUUGGCUCAAUAAAUCCUGGAAUAAUGAAUGGAUUACAGAUUCCUGUUCCUGCUCGGACCAGCUCAGCUCCACCAAAUCUGGAUGAACAAAUUCGCAAUCAGGCUAGGACUGAAUCAUUCAGAGCUGCUCCUAAGAUGUCUGCGCCUUCUAUUCCUAAACAACAGCAACUACAAACCAAAAAGGAUGUUGUUGGUGUGCAUCAAUCUAGUAGUGGGGAAUCCCAUUCUGUACAUGUAAAAAGGGAUCUCACUGCUCCUGUUCCAUCUGCCCCAGUUGUACCAGCUCCAAAAUCAUCUGCUCUUCCUAUUACUGGAAGUUCUUUUCCCAUAGCUAUGCCAUUUCAACCUCAGCAACUGCAGGUUCCUGCUCAAUUUGGCGGCUCCAAUGUACAGUUACAAUCACCUGGUCUAGCAGCUAAUUCAAUGCAAAUGCCAAUAGCUUUACCUGUAGGGAAUAACCCUCAAGUUGCACAGCAGAUUUAUGUCCCUAGUAUUCAAUCUCAUUUUAUGCAACAGCAAGCAAUGAUGCAUCCGGGACAAGGUCUAGGGUUUGUUCCUCCAAUUGGCCAUCCAUUGCCACAACAGUUAGGGGGCCUGGGAAUUGGGAUUAGUCAGUUUUCACAACAGCAUUCUGGAAAAUAUGGCACUGCACGGAAGACCACAGUCAAAAUUACUCAUCCAGAUACUCAUGAAGAGUUGAAGCUGGAUAAAAACAUUGAUACAUUCAAAGAUAGUUUAUCUGCUGCCCAGAAGACACUUCCUAAUGUAAUUCCCCCGUCUCAAUCUGUUCCAACAUAUGCUGCUUCUCAUCAGAUGAACUUCUUUACCGCCAUGCAGCAAACUUCUUACAGCCGUCCUCAGCUUAUGUAUUCUACUAAUGUUCCUCUGGCGAGUGGGCAGAUGCCUGCAAGUUCACAAGCUCCAAGACUUAGUUAUCCUGUCAGUCAAAGUGGCCAAAAGUUGACCUACUUGAAUUCAUCCAUGUCAAACGCGGUUCCUAGUGGAAAACCUGUAUCUUCUGCAGCUUUGCGUGGCUUCUCUGAAGGGGUUAACUUGGAUACCUUACCCGUUUCUGCCCCUAUGUCAAAUGCAGUCCAAGUAACAAUAAAGCCUUCUGUUGGUUCGCAAAGUGUGAAUGCUGGGGUAUUCUUGUCCACACCUUCAGUGGUAAUUAGCAUGCCUUCUACUAAGACAGAACCAUCUAAAUCAGUGAAGGCUACUGAAGAGAAUACUAAUUCUAAGCAAAAACAGACAGUAAGCAAGCCAGAUGAACCUGCUCAACAACUUAAAUCAGCCUCUGGGCAGUUGAACACUGUUAAAUUACUGGUCAAUGAAACAACUAGUACUAAUGCUGUUCCAGUAGUUUCAACACAGACCGUACAGUGUGAACAUUUAUCAGUUUCUGAAACUACUGGGGAUUCCGGAUCAGAUUUGGCUGGAAAUGAUGGCAGGAAAAAUGAACCUGUUCAAAGAUCUGAUUCUUUUAAAAAUAACUGGUGGAAGUCGAGUAAGAAUGAUCUUAGAACCCAACAAAGGCAUCAGUUGGAUGCAUUUUCUACUGAAGGAGCAAAGGUAUCUCCUACAUCCGAAAACACAGUGCUUCUAAACGUGGAAGCAAUUGAACAGGUUGAAGUGAAGGUUAUGCUUGCUGAGUCUAGUUCUUUCAAAGAAGUGCUGAAGAAGGAAACAUUGCAAGAUGCUUCACUAGGUUAUGCUGAUUCAUCCAAAGAGAUUCCAUCUGAGUCUCCUUCCUUAUGCCAAAUAAUUGAUGGAAUUGAUACCAAAAGUAUCAAUUCUAACUCUAGGGUGGCUAACACCGUUUCAGAGGUUAGAAAAGACCGCAUAUUAGAAGUAGUAGUGUCUGAGCAAUUUAAAGUGUCAGAUGAUUCAUCAAAAGAUCCUAAUGAUUUUGAAGUACUUCCUUCAUCCACACAUUCAAAAUCUUCUGAACAGGUGAAUGCAGUUGCAUCAUCAGAACAAGAAAGCCAUGUAGGAAAUUUUGGAAAAGUGAGAUCUGGUCACUAUGAUAAAGUGAUUGACAAACUUCUAAAUGACUCCACUAGUGAUGUUGGUAGUGAGAUGCAGGAAGAACGGAUACUAAAUCUACAAAAUAGGCCCACUAAUGCGUAUCUGGAUGCGGCUGACUCCGAGACUAUAAUUAAUUCAUUGUCAACUGAACAUGAAAUGAAAUCCGACAAAGAUAUUGAUUUAAUUGAUUCUGGUGUGGCCCGCAUGGAGACAGUCAAUGUAUGUCUUCAACCUCUUUCUGUAGAGCAUAAGCCUGAGCUGAAACAUUUGGAUUUAAAUAGUGAAUGCAAGCCAGAGUCAAAACCUUUGGAUUCAUGUAGUGAUGCAUUGGUUUCUGCAACAGGCUUGGGACAAACAGAGAAACCUUUGUCAGAAAUUCCAAAGCCUAAGAUUAGUACUGGGAAAAAGAAAAAAAGGGAAAUGCUAUCUAAAGCAGAUGCUGCUGACACAUCUGAUCUUUACACUGCAUACAAGGGCCCAGAGGAAGAACAUACCGCCAAAAAGUCAGAAUCUAUAAAUAAUUCAACAGUUGUAAAAAAUAUCACGCAGAUUGGCAAUCUUAGUAAGGAUGCUGCUUCAAAUGAGGAAGACAUGCACAACAGAGCUGAGUUGGAUGACUGGGAAAAUGCUGCUGAUAUUUCAACUCCAAAACUAAAAGCAACAGAUGAUCAGCCUCCUAUUAACGAUGCAAGGAAGCAACACAAAAAGGUUGAUGGUUAUGAAGCCACUAGCCGAAACAAAUACUCCAGGGAUUUUCUAAUGACCCUCUCGCAAUAUUUUACUCAUCUUCCUAUAAAUUUUCAGACAGGUUCAGAUAUAACAGAUGCAUUGUUAGUCAAUCUAUCAGGCCAUUCACCUUCUGCAAGUACAGGAAGGGUCAAUGAUCGGCCAUCAGGUGCUUCUCGAGUAGACCGACGGAUAGUUGCCUCUAUGGAUGAUGAAAAGUGGUUGAAACCACAAGUGUCAUUUGGUCGUGACAAUAGGACAGAUUAUGGACAUGGAAAUGCAACUGUCAGUCUUCGUCCUGGGCAAGCUGGCAGUCAUGUGAUUUUGAGGACUCUUCCUCGGCAGACAUCAAAUCAAGGAAUACUUUCAGGUCCAAUGCCAUCUCCGGUAGCUCAGGUAGGCUUGCCACGUGGUAAUCCAGAUGCAGAUCGGUGGCAACGCGCAAGAGGUUUAAUACCCUCUCCUCAUACACCCUUACAAGUAAUGCACAAAGCUGAGAAGAAGUAUGAAGUGGGCAAAGUUUCUGAUGAAGAAGCUGCGAAACAAAGACAACUAAAAGCUAUUCUUAACAAAUUGACACCUCAAAAUUUUGAUAAACUUUUUGACCAGGUCAGAGAGGUUAACAUAGACAAUGCAAUGACCCUUACUGGUGUCAUAUCACAAAUUUUUGACAAGGCUUUGAUGGAACCUACCUUUUGUGAAAUGUAUGCUAAUUUCUGUUUCCGUCUAGCAACUGUGUUACCAGAUUUUAGUGAAGACAAUGAAAAAAUAACUUUCAAAAGGCUGCUCCUGAACAAAUGCCAAGAAGAAUUUGAAAGAGGAGAGAAAGAGCAAGCAGAAGCUAAUAAAGAUGAAGAGGAGGGUGAGACCAAACAGUUCAAAGAGGAAAGGGAAGCAAAAAGGCUCCAGGCCCGAAGGCGAAUGCUGGGCAAUAUACGCUUGAUUGGAGAAUUAUACAAGAAAAAGAUGUUGACAGAGAGAAUUAUGCACGAGUGCAUCAAGAAAUUGUUGGGUCAAUAUCAAAAUCCUGACGAGGAAGAUAUUGAAGCAUUGUGCAAAUUAAUGAGUACAAUUGGUGAGAUGAUAGAUCACCCCAAGGCAAAGGAACAUAUGGAUGCAUACUUUGACAUGAUGGCCAAGCUAUCAACAAGUCAAAAGUUAUCCUCUCGUGUAAGAUUCAUGUUGAGAGAUGCAAUUGAUCUUAGAAAGAACAAAUGGCAACAGAGGAGAAAAGUUGAGGGACCAAAGAAGAUUGAUGAGGUUCACAGAGAUGCAGCUCAAGAAAGGCAAGCUCAGUCUAGCAGAUUGUCUCGUGGUCCUAUCAUCAGUAAUGUCCCAAGACGUGGUCCAGCAGCUGACUAUGGUUCCCGUGGUCCCACUCUAUUAACCCCUCCUGGUAUUCAGCAGCAGGUUUCUGGUAUUCGUGGAUUGCCAUCUCGCGGCUAUGGUAUUCAAGAUGUAUGGUUAGAGGAUCGACAUCACCUUGAGGGGCGAACUAUGUCUCUUCCCCUCCAACACAGAUCUGCUGAGGAUGAUUCUAUUACCCUGGGUCCUCAAGGUGGCCUGGCCAGAGGAAUGUCUAUCAGAGGACAGCCAUCAAUAUCCAAUAUGUCUAGUGGUGAAAUUGCUUCAGUUGUUGGGGAACAUCGUCCAAUAUCAUCUAGCACAAAUGAUACUAACUACAUGGCAGAAAGGUCUUCUGGUGCAAUAUUUGAUGAACCAAGCCCUGGUUAUCAAAAUAAUCACCAAAGCAGCAGAGAUUCAAAGAUCUCAGACCGUACUUUUGAGAGAUCUUCUACGGCAAUGCUUCCUGCUGGGCGUACCCAUGGCACUUCUAUGAGCAGCCAAUCAACUCCUGAAACAAGAAUAUUUUCAGAAGAAGUUUUACGAGAAAAAUUCAUUUCAGCAAUUAGAGAGUUCUACAGUGCCGAGGAUGAGAAAGAGGUUGCAUUGUGCAUCAAGGAAUUGAAUGCUCCUGACUUUUAUCCUUCUAUGAUAUCAUUGUGGGUCACCGACUCCUUUGAAAAGACAAACACAGAAAGGGAUCUCUUAGCAAAGCUGAUUAUCAACUUCUGCAAAUCCAGAGAUAGCUUACUUAGCCAGGCACAACUACUCCAUGGGUUUGAGUUGGUCCUUUCUUCGUUGGAAGAUGCUGUUAAUGACGCACCACGAGCAGCUGAAUUUCUUGGUCGUUUAUUUACCAAAGUUAUUUUACAAAAUGUGGUGACUUUGAAAGAUAUAGGAAAACUGAUACAAGAAGGUGGUGAAGAACCAGGGCAACUGAAAGAAAUUGGGCUAGCAGCUGAGGUACUUGGGAACAUCCUUGAGAGCAUAAGGUCAGAAAGUGGAGAUGCGUUUUUGAACGAGAUCCGAGCAAGCUCCAAUCUUCGGCUGAAAGACUUUCGACCACCUCAUCCAUUAAAGGCUAACAAGUUAGAUGAAUUUCUUUAGGUUUGUUCCUCUUAGAGUGAAAGAUGAUACUAUGUACAAGGCAGUUGCUCAUGUAUGUUGUUGGAAUCCCGAGUAUUAUUAUUAUUAUGAUUAUUAUUAUUAUUUAUGCA